CGCAGGAGAGGCGCGUGGAGCCAGUCAGUGUCAGGGGCUUUGAGGGGUCACAGCUGAUCACUCUGCAUGCACUUACACACUCAACUCUUGUGUUAUGCAUUCUUUUAAGCGAAAAGAGCCAGGGGAAAUACUUUUGCGCUGUGUUUCCCUGUCUGGUCAUCGUGUCACAACCACUGGUGGCGGAUCUUCUUUGUGUUUGGUGUUUUAGAGUGAACGGUGAGGAUUAUCGGAGCGCUCCAGAAAUCAGCGGCGUUUUUGAGUUUCACGUCCGGGAUGGCCUCAUCGCGCCAGGACUACAUUGCACCAUGGUGGACCUACUGGCUGCACAAUUUCCCUCAUCUUAAUUUUAAUUUCCAGACGGUUGAUAACACUUUUAAACCGGAGGACGCCAGCUAUCAGCAGUCUCUGAUCUUCCUGGCCUGUGUGUCUGCGUUGGGUCUGGGUUUGAGUCUGCUGGUGCUGUCCGCAUAUCUGACCUGCCUGUGCUGCUGUCGAAAGGAAGAGGAUGAGGAAGUCAAAAGGCCCGACACCUGCUGUGUCACAUGGGUUGCUGUUAUCACCGGUUUGGUCAUAUGUUCAGCGGUGGGCGUGGGUUUCUAUGGAAACAGCGAAACCAAUGAUGGCGUUUACCAGUUGACUUACUCCAUUUAUAAUGCCAAUCACACACUGGGUGGCAUUGGCAGUCUGGUUGGAAACUCAUUGGGUAGUAUGCAGGUCGGGCUGAAAGAACACCUGGAGCGGUUGGAUGAGAUAUUUUCUCCACGGGGAGACUACACCCAAACCUUACGCUUCAUGCAGCAGAUGGCCAACAACAUUAUCCAGCAGCUGACAGCCAUGCCAGACACAAGGAAGGUGCAAGUGGAUUUGGCAGCCAUCGCAGAUAAAACUUCAUUCAUAGAGUACUACAGAUGGUUAACAUACCUGCUGCUUCUGAUUUUGGACCUGGUCAUCUGUCUCAUAGCAUGUCUGGGAUUGGCAAAGCAGUCUCGAUGGAUGCUUGCAGUUAUUAUGGUAUGUGGUGUACUGACCCUGAUCAUGAGUUGGGCGUCAUUAGGAGCGGGCACAGCCACAGCUGUGGGCACCAGUGACUUUUGUGUCUCUCCUGACAAGUUCAUUGUCAAUCAAACCAAAGACUCCUUAAGUGCGGAUAUAGUGCACUAUUACCUAUACUGCAGCCAGAGUCUUCCCAAUCCGUUCCAGCAGUCUGUGACCAUCUUCCAGAGGUCUCUGACCACCAUGCAGAUACAGGUGCAAGGUUUGCUGCAGUUUUCUGUUGCUGUGUUUCCCACCGCAGAGAAAGAUCUUCUAGGAAUUCAGCGGAUCUUGAACUCUUCAGAGUUCAAUUUGCACCAGCUUACCGCCUUGCUGGACUGCCGUAGUCUGCAUAAAGACUAUCUGGAGGCUCUGCUGGGCGUUUGCUAUGACGGUGUGGAGGGGCUCCUGUAUCUGUGCCUGUUCUCUCUGCUGGCAGCCUGUGCCUUCUGUACCCUGCUGUGUGCUGUCCCACGUGCCUGGACCCUCAUCACCAUCAGGGACAGGGAUUAUGAUGAUAUCGAUGAAGAGGACCCCUUUAACCCGUCGAGACGCAUCACGCCGUAUAACCCCAGCCGAGCUCAAGUUCACAGUUUCUGCAGCUACAGCAGCAGCAUGGGCAGCCAGACGAGUCUGCAUCCUCCACUGCAGGCCACAUCCAGCACACCAGAGUACAUGAACCAGUCCAUGCUAUUUGAAAGAAAUCCUCGCUAUGAAAACGUCCCAUUGAUUGGGAGUGGUUCACCACCACCAUCGUUAUAUCCUCAGACAUUUAGAAACAUACAUGGGCAGAAACUAAUCACAUGCUCACAGUAACUCCUCCAUCUUGCUGACACCCACAGUGCUUGCGAGUCCUCCUGGCAAUAUUCACCCAGCAUGAGGACCACCUACCUGUCUAUGACUGAUGCCCAAAUAAGACACUUCGGGACAGACUUCCAGAUUUAGUUUUCCUGGUUCCUCGUCCUCAAGAGGUCUACAGCGCCAUGAGAUGCGUUCCUUUAAUAGGCGAUCUCUCAUCUCAUCUCAUCUCAAAGGAGGACACCUGUGGAUGUUAAAGCACAAAUAUUUAGUGCAUCAAAGGGAGUUCUCAAAGACUGCAUGCCAUCCAAGUCUCAUCUAGAAAGGCAAAGGAUACCUCAGAGGUUUAUGGGUGAGCUCUGACUAUGUAAAUAUUCACUUAUUCUCCUCAGGGGUGAGGAGAAUAAAUUGUUUUCUGUGAUAGCAACAAACUGGAUCAGCCUGGUGUUCGAGAUUCAGGUUUUGAUUAGCACUUCAGCUUAGGGCAUGCAAAUUGUGAUUAAUAGCUAAAGCAAAUGAUAAUGAAAAAAUAAUGGUUGCUUUUUACCACACAAAGGCCUUGAGCUCGAUUAUGAGCCUUUAAUUAAUAUACUCUGACUUUUGUACUGAAUGAGAGAAAUGAUCAAUUGGACGGGCUUCUGUGAGGGUCUGCUGUGAUAAACAUGCUUUGCAAGAGGAACAAGGUGUUUUGUUGGUGCCACUCUUUAAAUAUAGAUGUAUGUAAUCUAGAAGACAUAUGUCUGCUAUUCAUUUCAGACUGUAUUUAUGAGCCUCACGGCACAGAACAAAGAUAAAUAUUAAUCAUAUUCUGCAAUGGUAGAUAUGGGGAUGAACAAUUUGAAAAUCACAGACAGACUAGUUGUUUGAUUUGUUCAAGCUUCUUAAAGUAUCUUUGUGUGUAUGCCUGUGUAUUCAAACUAGAUCAAAGCUCACAAAGCCUAUUUUUCUAGUUUAAGCGCUUUUGUGUGUUUACACUGACGUACUGUAUAGACCUGGCCAUUUCUGAAGAAAUUAUUAUUGAGGUUCACAAUACCGCUGUUCGGACAGGCAGCUGUUUAUUAUCCCAGUGAAUGAAAAAUAAUAAAAUUAGAUUAGAUUAUACAUGUUGAAUUCUACCGCUAUUAUUGUCUUUAUUUGUCAUAACAUUUCAAAAGUGCUGUUUUUUUAUUAUUAUUGUUAACGUAAUACGUUUUUGUGACAUUUGAUUCAAUAAAUAAUUUUUA